UUUUGUUUAACUGAAUGGUCUUAAUGUUUACAAUGUCAAAAUAACUUUUUUUCGCAUCUCGGGCGGUUCCUUAAAGCCACUUUCUGUAACAUCUUUCGUUCGCUCACAUGUCAACGUAACAGAAAAUGAGUGUGCUGCCUAGCAGGAAAGCGGUGCCAUUUCGGCUCCAUCGCGGGUGUCCCUCGGCUUUAGCCACAGAGCCAGUUGGAGCCAACAUGGCGUCAGCCAGGCGUAUUAGAUACAAUUGACGAGAGAGGAAGGGUGGGCGUGGAAAGACGAGGGACAAGAGUUCUGAGAUAAAAAUAGAUCGAGACACGCACGCCGAGUGGAGGGGACUGAGUCCACGCCGAGUAGGCAGAUCAGCGGGAGUACACAGCCUCGGGGGCACAUAUCAAGUAGCAGAAGGACCAGCACAGGUUUAAGGCGUGCAUCUCUCCCUGACUUUGUACAUCAAGCCAUUGGACUGGGCCACAUCUUUUUAGUAGCAUUAUUAAAGUAGCCUCCAAGCCCAACAUCUGCCAUGUCUGAGCCCGUCCAUUAUAUCCAUCUGCAGAACUUCAGCAAGUCCCUUCUGGAGACUCUGAAUGCUCAGCGGCUGGACGGUCAUUUCUGUGAUGUCACCGUUCACAUUCAGGAGUCAACACUGCGUGCCCACCGCUGCGUCCUUGCAGCCUGCAGCCCCUUCUUUCAUGACAAGCUGUUGCUGGGGUAUUCAGAGAUUUCAGUACCCCCUCUGGUACCCGCAGAGGCCGUCCGUCAACUGGUGGACUUUAUGUACAGUGGCUCCUUGGUGGUUCUACAGUCAGAGGCCCUCUGUAUCCUCACAGCUGCCAGCAUUCUGCAGAUUAAGACUGUUAUUGAUGAAUGCACACAAAUCAUUUCUCAGAAGGGCCCCACAACCUCAAAGGUGGACAUGAAGGCCCUACAGAAGCCUGUGUCAGAUGCUAGGGGAAGCCCAUGUAGCCGUCCUCAGGAGGAGGCAGUUAUGAAGGUGGGAAAUGGAGGCUGCACGUCGGAUGUGCGAUACAAGCUACGAGAUCUUCUUUCCCAAGCUGCCCAGCAUCACCAGAGGCUUAACACUGUGGAGAAGACUGAUGGAGAUGCAGAACUGGAGAGCACUGGGUUUUCAAGCGGUGCUGCGGGGGGUAGCAGUCACAGUCGGAAACAGAGACAGCCAGUAAGACUUCAGGUUGGGGAGCAGCCAUUAAAUUCAGCAGCUGCAUUAGUGGUGGUGAAAGAUGAGGAGGAAAUGGAAGAAGGUGGAGAUGAAGAUGAAGAGCAGAGAGUAAAGGAGACGGAAGAGAGAGAUGUUGUAGAGGUCUCCCCCUCAGAUUUUGGGUAUAGAAAAACUGAGGUGGUAGAAGCAGGGAGCAGUGGAGCCGAUGCUGAAGACUCUUUGGGAGGCUACCCACCAGAGUCAGGGUCUGAGACGUUUUUUGCAGAUGGCAGUGACGUCUUUCCUGAUAACUUCAUCCCUAACUGGCAGGUAGACACGACUCCUGACUCUGAAGCAGACUACCAGGGUCAGCAACACCAGGUAACUUCUCAGGUAUUUGAGAGUGCAAGUCGAGUGUCGCAGGUCUUACACCCUCAGGAUCUUCAUUACACUCCCCGAGGGAGACCUCUGUCACAGAUCAAGCAGCCACCACCAUCACAGACAGCAGCAGUUUCCACCCAGGUUCUUUUCCAAUACCCAGUUGCACAAGCACAAAGCACUCAAGCCUUCUACGUGGGUGGCCCUGUGGUGACAGGGGUAGAAUCUGUUAGUGGGGUGCCACCUGCCAGCAGCAGUCUGCCACACUCCUCGUCAUCCAUUACUGCUGGAAGUGCAGCUACUUCCUCACAAAGCUCAGAGACUUCCUUUGAUUGCACCCACUGUGGCAAGAGUUUGAGGUCACGCAAGAACUACAGCAAGCACAUGUUCAUUCACUCUGGUCAGAAGCCCCACCAGUGCAGCAUCUGCUGGCGUUCUUUCUCACUGCGGGACUACCUCCUGAAGCACAUGGUUGUUCAUACUGGUGUGCGUGCCUUCCAGUGCUCUGUGUGCUCGAAGCGCUUUACCCAGAAAAGCUCACUCAAUGUACACAUGCGCACACACCGGCCUGAACGGAAUUUUACCUGUGGGGUGUGCCAGCGGCACUUUUCACACCGUACCCUUUUGGAAAGACAUGCAGCUUCACACAUUGAUGCCACCCACCCACCACCGACCUCCAGCUCCUAAAUCGUGAUUUCUGCUGCCUCGUUCUACCUCACACUGCCAUCUGGAUGGAGGCGCUUCACACUGUGGCCCUUUACUCCAUGUACUAACCCUAGCAGGCAGCAAAAGCUGAGCUUUGGUGUGCGUCUCCUCACGGUUAAUGCUAAAUUACAGCACAAUUACUGACUUUCGCUGCUUUACCCUGCAGUGACAGCUGUGCUUUGUUGUGUUGGGUCUCUAAAAACUGCAUUCAUAAUAAGCCAUUAAAUGCACAACCCAAAAAUCAGUGAAACUGAACAUGUAAGAUGGUGUGCAUACAGAAAGCAGUGGCAGUCAAGCAACUGGCCACACAGCAAAGUGCUUUCCAUCUACUGACUGCCACUGUGGAGUUCACCAAACGAUAUCAAUGGCAUUGCGCUGUACCCACUGGAGGCCAAUGUGAAGCUGAUGGACUGCUGCAGCGGGGUACAGGAUUUUAAAAACUCUCAAUUCCUUUAAAAUAUAAUAAGGGGUUUCAUUUUGAUUUACACACCACAGCAGGAGCCCAGCGAGGAUGAAGCGUUGUGUUCUGUUCCUUAACAGAAAUGAUGAUAAACACUAGAGACUUGAACAGCUCCCUGAUACAGCGAAUACACAUCUUUAACUUGCCCCGUUUGGAGGCCUUCUCCCCAAACCCAUAUUCAACCACCAGGCUUCUUAGCUGCGUGCAUUUUUACUAUGAGAAACACGCACCAGUGUACUGCAGCCAGAACAUCACUUUGAUCCCCUACCUUGGUUGGAAGAUCAAGGUACAAAUAUGUCCUCCUACUCUGACCAGGUCCAAGUUCUGGGGCAGCUUAGGGGCUGAUGCUCUGCUUCACCUAAAUUGAUACUGAAAUAAACAGUUAACAGCCAAGUGUAAAUACAGACUCGGGUGGUGUGGCCAAUCAAAUCACAUAAUGACUUCUCUUCAUUGUGGACAACGCCUGUAUUGGCCAAUGUGGAAAACUGUUCUCUGAAGAAAGGCAAGGCUUUCAGGAUAAAUCAAAUGGUUCACUCCACAUAAUUGUUAACAUUUUAAUUAGUUACAAAUGUGGGUAGGUUUAUUUUUGUUGUGUUUUUUUUUUUUUUUUUUUUAACACAAAUAUGUUAGAUAAAAAUAAGAGGUGCUAAACCCACUACCCUACCAAGCAGUAGAUAGAAAAUCAACUGUUGUCUCCAUCAAAGAGCAAAUAUGUCACGACAUAAAAAAAAAAGAGUAUAUAAAAAGUAAUCCAUGCAGAAUGGAAGUGGUGUAAAUCCACUGGAAUUCUAGUGCUUCGGAGGGCAAACCUGUGACCAUCUGAUUAACCAGAGCCGCAGUACGGUGCUCAGCUGAAGGUCCUCAUGGACACAGUUUCUUAGCACAGUUUUCUUCUGAAUCACAGAACAAAGAAUCCGCAUUAAUCCGUUUCCCCAAAGUAGCUUUGGAAGCAAGUGGCUUUAGAAAAUCUGGGGCAACAUUACCAGCAAAAACGUCCAUCAGCUUCUGAGAGAAAGACAACUGUAGGUCUGUUACUACUUUGGUUAUUUCUGGAUUCUGGAAAUAUGAAAAGAGAAAGAAAA